AUGCCGAGACGGGGGCAUGCCAAUACCGGUACCGGUAGCAACGCUAGCAACAACAACAACAAGAAGAAAAAGAACAAGAGAAGGAUGUUUGCCAAUGAUGAGGUUUGGAUCCAAGGCAUUCUAUCUUUUGUUGGCUUUGGACAGUACGCUUUUGUUGGAGCCGUCAACAAAAGGAUGAACCGAUUCUACAAAGCCUACUGUGAAAUUGAACUCAAGAAAAACCCGAGGAUUGUAAAACCCGUUUCGUAUUUCAAUCGCUAUGCAAAAAGCACCGACACUCUUUGCAGUGAGACAUUCUGUAACCAGACACGUGCAGAGUACUGGCUCUGGCUCAAGGACAAUUCCAGCAACAAAGAACCUCUUCGCGAUCAAGUUUGCAUUGUCAUUGCCAAAAUUGGAAAUCCUUCUGUCAUGCACUGGGCACGACAACAAGGAUUCCGAAUGUCUGCGGACACGUGUGCUGCAGCUGCUAAAAAUGGACAGCUGGGAAUGCUCAAAUGGUUGAGAGAGAAUGGUUGUCCAUGGAAUUGGAAGACAUGUGAGUACGCUGCUGAAGGUGGGCAUUUGGAAAUUCUCAAGUGGGCUCGUGAAAAUGGUUGUCCAUGGUUUGAAUGGACAUGUGCCUGUGCUGCCAAAACUGGACAUUUGGAUAUUCUGAAGUGGGCCCGUGCAAAUGGUUGUCCAUGGGACGUAUUCACGUGUUCCGGUGCUGCUCAAGGUGGUCAUUUGGAAAUUCUCAAGUGGGCUCGUGAAAAUGGUUGUCCAUGGAACAUAUUCACGUGUUCCGGUGCUGCUCAAGGUGGUCAUUUGGAAAUUUUGAAGUGGGCUCGUGCAAAUGGUUGUCCAUGGGCUGAAGACACAUGUUAUCAUGCUGCUGAGAAUGGACAUUUGGAAACUUUGAAGUGGGCUCGUGCAAAUGGGUGUCCAUGGGAUGAACAGACAUGUGCUCAAGCUGCUGAAGGUGGCCAUUUGGAAAUGCUAAAGUGGGCUCGUGAACAUGGUUGUCCAUGGGACACAUGCACGUGUUCCGGUGCUGCUGAAGGUGGACAUUUGAAAAUACUGCAGUGGGCUCGUGAAAAUGGUUGUCCAUGGGACACAUUCACAUGUGAGACCGCUGCUGAAUGUGGACAUUUGGAGAUUUUAAAGUGGGCUCGUGAAAAUGGGUGUCCAUGGGAUGAACAGACAUUUGAAGCUGCUGGGCUAAGCGAGAGAGGCAACAACAGUGCAGUGAUCCAGUGGCUACGCGACAAUGGCUGCCCUGGGUCUCAUGAAGAUGAUGAAGGACACUAA